UCCUGACUCGGUGAACCUGACAGACACCGUGUCGUCCAGGACCAAAGACCGUUGACGGUUGCAGUCAUGUCGGCAGCUGCCCCAGGGACCAGCAAGGCGGCCCAAAGCGAUGUGGCCGCGAAGAAAAAGAAGGGUCCGGGCGCCUUGGCCACGGCAUACUUGGUCAUUUACAACGUUGUUAUGACAGCGGGGUGGCUGGUGAUAGCUGUGGGGCUGGUCAGAGCUUACCUGGCCAGAGGAAGCUACCACGGGCUGUACUACUCCAUAGAGAAGCCCCUGAAGUUCUUUCAGACUGGAGCUAUUCUUGAGAUACUGCACUGUGCUGUAGGAAUCGUACCGUCCUCUGUGGUCCUGACCGGAUUCCAGGUCAUGUCCCGGGUCUUCCUCACCUGGGCCGUCACACACAGCGUCAGGGAGGUGCAGAGCGAGGACAGCGUGCUGCUGUUUGUCACAGCCUGGACCGUCACAGAGAUUAUCCGCUACUCUUUCUACACCUUCAGCCUGCUCAAUCACCUGCCAUACCUCAUCAAAUGGGCAAGGUACACCUUCUUCAUUGUGCUGUAUCCCAUGGGAGUGACUGGGGAGCUUCUGACUAUCUAUGCAGCGCUGCCAUACGUGCAGAAAACAGGCCUGUACUCUGUCACCCUCCCCAACAAGUACAACUUCUCCUUUGAUUACUACACCUUCCUCAUCCUCAUCAUGAUCUCCUACAUUCCCCUCUUCCCCCAGCUUUACUUCCACAUGAUACGACAGAGGAAGAAGGUGCUGGGCCACGUAGAGGACUACAGCAAAGUGGAGUGAGCCCUGCAGCAUUCAGUCAGAUCUGAUCCAGGGAACAGAAACCAAAACAUCAAACAGAAGAGGAACAAAAUCAUGUCUGCUUAAAGAAAUGCAAACCCAGCCAGAACCGACCUGGCAGAAACUCUAAUUAUCAAGCAACUUUAUUUUCUCCACCUGUGGUCCGGGUUAUAUAGGUGCUCACUAAUUAAGAAAGAACUGCUGUUCUUUUUUUGUUAUUUUUAUUUAUGAACAAACUACAUCUACUUGUGUUUAGUCAGAGAGCUUGCAGCCGUAGAGAAACUGUAUUUUGACGUGGAUACAGUUGAGCUGCUGUCUGAGCAGUGAGCAGAAGUCGGUCACAGCACAGCACUGAACUGAAAGACGCACUGAUAGAAUCGAUAACCUCUCUUUAACUGUCACCAUAGAAAACCCCUCAUAGGUUUUUCACCUCCCCGUGUCUUUUGCUCUCUUUAAGAAGCAGUUUUGCUUUACCAUGAUGUAGAAAGUAUAAUGUGAAGACUAGUACUGAAACUAGGUCGUCUGUAGGUUAUGUAUCUACAGUGUGUAUGUUGGUGCAAACUGUGGUCAGAUUUGUUUUUUUCUCUCAUUCAUUUCACUCAAAAGAUUGAUUACAUUCCUGAUUUAGUUCAAUAAACCUUUUUCAUUCUG